AGGACUGUUUUCGAGGUAGCAACCGACGGUAAACCGGAUGUUGUCCGAAUGUCAACGAUGGCGUCCCACAUGUCACGGUGAAAAGAGAUCAGAAAGCUCUAAUUUAAGCCUGCGUCGCCAUAUAUUUAGGUAUAUGUCUUUACCGCAUGGUGAAUGACAUAUUUUAAUAUAUGAGGUGAACACAGCUGAGGAGAGAAUGGCUUUACGGGAAAUAUGUCGCAGCGUUCGUCUGGCUUUAGGUCAGAGCCAACGAUGUCCGGUUUGGGCUGCAAACCAGGCAGCUCGGUGUCUAAGUCAGACAGCCGCUCAACCUGAGCCCAGUGCGAAUGAAAAUGAAGCCGUAAAUCCAACCUUUGAGAACAGAAACCCACGGAACUUGGAGCAGCUGGCUCUGGCGGUGAAGGACCGAGGCUGGAAGACCACCUGGCCCCCACGGGAGUUCUACCACAGGUUGGUGUUUACUCGCACCCAGCACCAUGUGACAGCACAAGUCUUCUCCAGCAGCUCUCCCAGCCCAGUGGUUACAUGUUCCACAAAGGAGUGGGCAGUGAAAAGGGAACUGUUUUCCACAAACUGUGUGGCUGCGUGUCAGGCUGUGGGAGAAGUGCUGGCACAGCGAUGCCAGCAGGCCGGUAUCACCAGGAUGGUGUACAGGGCAAUUCCUUGGACGUAUCGCUCUGAUGCUGUUCAAGCUUUCAGGAAAGCGAUCAAAGAUGGGGGAAUUGUACUCAGUGAACCCAGGCGGAAGUACAUCGGCACCUGAAUAUGGCAUCUUCUCUCCUUUUAGCUGCUUUGUAAAAAUAUAUUUUGUUUUCUCAGUUCUCUUUUGUGAAUUAUGACUAUGCUGAUAUCAAAGCGACCUGCGCAAGACUCUAUAAAGUAUAUCAAAAAUGGAA